AUGGAGACGAAUUCUCCGACAUCAGCGACAGCAACAACAACUGCGCCGACAACGGCAUCUACAGCGACAACGCCUGCUGCCAUAGUCGCCUCUCCAACUGCCCCGUCUCCAGCAGCUAGCAGUAAGAGCCAUCACAGCCUGGGCGCCGUGAGCAGCGGCAGUACCGGAACCGGAAGCCUUUCUGCAACAGCAGCCGCCUGCUCCCUACCUGCCACGCCUACCGCCCUCGCACAGUCACAAGCGCCGCCAUCGGUCCCCGCCCUGCCCCAGCUCCUGACAACAGCCAUCGAUGUGGCCAAGCAAGACGACAUCCACAAUCUAUCGCUCGCCAGCGGCUUGUCUGAAGGACAAAGAUCACUCUCUGGCGCACCGUCGGCAUCGUCAAGUCCCAUUCUAAGCCCACAAGGAAAAAUCUUUGGGCGAAACGCAAAUGGUACAAUGAUCACAACCUCUAGACCGGGCAAUGAGGCUGAAAUGCAGCUGUACCGAGUCCUACAGCGAGCCAGCCUCUUGGCCUACUACGAUACGCUGGUCGAGAUGGGCGGCGACGAUGUGCAGCAACUGUACGAUGCCGGCGAGGAGGAGUUCCUGGAGAUUAUGGCGCUGGUAGGCAUGGCCUCCAAGCCAUUGCACGUGCGCCGACUGCAGAAGGCGCUGCAUGAGUGGGCGAACAAUCCGGCGCUUUUCCAGGGUCCCAUGCUGCCGCAUAUUAGCGGACUCUGUGAAACUCCGCCAAAGCCCUCCAUCAUCUUCAAUCCCGAUACGACGCCAGCCCUACCUCGCAGUAAAUUUCCCUCUUUUAACCCCGUCAGCACCUUUCAGUCCAGCUCUCUAUUAAAUCCCGCCCAGCCAAGUGCCGCCGUGGCCACAGCAGCGGCAUCGGCACACCUACUAACACAGAUCAGUGCACCGGUCAUGUCCGUGCCCGUCAUCCAGACCCACUCUUCGCUCGUUCUGCCCACAACCUUGUCCUGCAAUCCUAGUCCCUUGCAGCUUAGCACGCCGCAGCAAACGAGCAGCACUGUAACGGGCCCCGCUUCCGUUGCUAGCACCGCCCACCAAGUCUCCUCCAGCUCCCCACAACUGACCCCGGUGCUCACCGAGCUGCAAGUGCAGCGCAUCACCCUCGGGGCCGAGAAGAUAGCCCGGCAGCUGCCGCAGCGAGAGCCUCGUGCCCAGACAUCCAAAAAGCGAACCACACGUGAGCUGGAACAGGUGGUGGCUAUGAGUGAACAUGACCCGCGCCGCAUGGACGAGAUCCGUAAGUACUCGGCCAUCUACGGCCGUUUCGAUUGCAAACGGCGACCAGAGAAGCCUCUAACGCUUCACGAGGUGUGUGUCAAUGAAGCUGCGGCGCAGCUCUGCCGUUUGGUGCCGGCGCUUCUCACGCGUCGAGAUGAACUCUUCCCGCUGGCCCGUCAGAUUGUCAAGGACGCUGGGUUUGGGCAUUCCGCAAGCAUUGCCCGCUACGGCGGCCUGCUGUCACAAAUACACGCCCAGGGCACACAACGCUCCACAUGCAUGGCCGUGGAUUGCGAGUCGAGUGACGCUGCCUUGCCUCCAAAGCGCCAGCGACUCUCCUCCACCGAGGCAGCACAGUUGCCCAUGGACGUAAGCCGGGAGCCGGUGGAAGACUCGCGUUACAAUCUCUUCGCCAUGUACCAAAAGUUUGCAAAGCCGCCGUUUGACUUGACGGAAAUAGCAAAGUUUUCUUUGGGCAAGGCCGACUUCGAGGACAAUGACAAUGAUUCGCGCUUCUCCUUUAGCAACUCGAGUUCGCCGCCAAUGCCAGCCAAUGGUGCGGAAAAUGACAGAUGCACUGCUUUAGCUCAUUCCAUGAGGUCUCCCAUACCUCAGUCCAACUUUCCAAAACAGAACGAUGCUACCGAAUCAGUUGAGUCCGUGGAUCUAAGCACAUCCACCACACUCGCCGGUGUCCAGGUCAUAUCGGCUGCGGGAAGCAACAUCAUCGCCGUCGCGAACCCCGCCUUAGCCUUAAGCCCCACUUUGACAGAGGUCUUGACCCUAAAACGAAAUGCCGCAUCGCCUGAAGUGUAG